AGCCCCCUGUUGCCUCGGACUAGGCUACUUAGCGCCCCGAACAGAGCGCCCCCAAGUUGACCCUGUUCCCCAUUGGCUGCUCUGGAGACCGCGCCAUCUAAUGAGGAGCAAAGUGCAAAGCACCAGAGCACGGGCUCCCCGCGGCGGGAUCUAGGCUGCAGGAGCAGGCCGGCAGUGGCCGAAGCUGCGCAACAGUCAGCUGCCGGGCCUAUCUGCAGAGGACAACCGUUCUCUUUCGGACCGGGCCUGGGCUGUAGCUCGGACCCUCUUCCUUCGCGAAUCUUUGCAUCUCCAACCUGGAACCCAACCUGCAAGGCUCCCGUUAAGUUCGAAGCACCCACGUGGUGUGCAGACUGGCUCAGGGCUGACGUAUAUCCAGUCUGUGUCUCCAUUUACUUAUCCCCUUAAUCAUUUAUCCACCCAUACAUAGUUCAUCGGUUCCUUUAUUUGGCAUUCUGGGUCCACCUGCCACGCUACCUGUCCACAUCCUUCUCUCCAACGGUUUGGGAAAUUCUGUACCCUGAAGAAUUUGGAUUGACCUCUGAACGGAAGUGGUGUAGACGAGGGUGAAACCCUGGAGGGACCAUGUUCUAUUAUCCCAAUGUGCUUCAGCGCCACACCGGCUGCUUCGCCACCAUCUGGCUGGCAGCGACGCGGGGCUGCCGGUUGGUGAAGCGCGAAUACCUGAACGUUAAUGUGGUGAAGACCUGCGAGGAAAUCCUCAAUUACGUGCUGGUGCGAGUUGAGCCCCCGCUGCCGGGUGCACCGCGGCCCCGCUUCUCGCUCUACCUCUCAGCGCAGCUCCAGAUUGGCGUCAUCCGGGUCUACUCUCAACAAUGCCAGUACCUUGUAGAAGACAUCCAGCACAUCCUGGAGCGCCUGCACCGGGCACAGCUGCAGAUCCGCAUUGAUAUGGUGGAGACUGAACUACCCAGCCUGCUGCUGCCUGACCACCUGGCCAGGAUGGAGACUCUGGAAGAUGCUCCAGACCCCUUUUUUGGGAUGAUGUCUGUGGAGCCCAUGCUGCCUGAUCCCUCUGAUAUCCCUCAGGUUCGACACCUUCUAGAGGCCGUGACCCCAGAGAAAGUUCCUGAAGAGAUCCCUCCUGAAGUCCCCGUAGAGCCUCGGAAGCCAGAAAGGAUUCGGGUCAGCCCUGAAGCCAUCACGAUCCGGGAGGCAGAGCCCAUACGUAUGCUGCGGAUCGAGGGUGAACUGGACCUCCCAGAAAUCAGCCGCCGAGAAUUGGACCUGCUGAUUGCUGAGGAGGAGGAAGCCAUCUUGUUAGAGGAACGUCGGCUAGAAUUAAAAGAGGAGCCCUGGGCCCCAGAGCGGGAGAUCACAGUACCCCCGCCCUCGCCUUUAGCUCUUGUAGGGUUGGAGGAGGUAGCAGAGCCACUUCCCAGCGAGGUCCUGGCCCCGGAGGAGCUGAAGCCGGUAGGCUGGGAGCCGGAGGUCCCACUUCCCGAGGUGACGCCCCCGCCGGAGCUGCGUCCGCCACCCAUCCCAGUCAGCCCUGAGUGGAGGCCCCCAGUCCCCCCACCUCCCAGGGGCCCACCAGCUCGCCGUCGCCGCCGCCAGUUAUUAUUCUGGGACGAAGAGACUCAGAUCUCCCGGAAAGAAUUCCAGGAACAACUGCAAACCAGAGCCCACUGCAGGGAGUGUCCAAUGGUCCAGCCUCCUGAGAGGAUGAUCAGGACCCCUGUGGAGUUGUUCCGAAACCCGACUUACUCUGGCUGGCUACCCCCAGAACUGCUGGCUUUCUGGACCCACUGUGCCCAGCCACCUCCAAGGGCACUAAGGCGAAGGCUGCCUGAGGAGCUAGAAGAGGCUGAGAGGGAGGCAGCGGCUGAGGAGGAAAGGAGAAAGGCUGAGACUCCAAGCGAUAUUGAGCUCCUGAGGGAGGCCCAGGAGCCCAGUGGGCCCCUCAUGGUAUCUUCUGAGAUCUCCCUGGAAGUAGCUGAGGAGGAGAAGUCCCGCAUCAGCCUCGUGCCCCCAGAAGAGCGGUUGGCCUGGGUGGAGGCGGAGCAGCCAGAGGCCCCUGCGCUGCCCGUGGUGCCUGAGCUCCCAGAGGUGCCCGUGGAGCUGCCCGCGGAGCUGCCCCCAGAGCCCGAGCUGCUCUCGCUGGAGGCUGUGCACAGGGCAGUGGCGCGGGAGCUGCAGGCCGACAGGGAGCCCGACUUCAGCAGCCUGGUGCCACCUCUCAGCCCCCGCAGGAUGGCCGCCCGCGUCUUCUACCUGCUCCUGGUGCUUGCCGCGCAGCAGAUCCUUCGUGUGAAACAAGAAGAGCCAUAUGGGCGCCUCCUGAUCCAGCCAGGGCCCCGAUUCCACGACAGUUAAGAGCCAAUUUACAAAGCUGCCAGGCAACCAACUACAUUAAACUGUGUCCUUUUGAACGUGUAUCUCUGUCCUUCCUGCUCCUAGAGCUACCGUUCAAGAAGAAAAUAAAUGCCUUUAUUACAGAA